AUGGAACCCCAGUGCAAAGGUAAAGGUAAAUGGGCCGACUGGGACCCCAAGGGCUGGGCCAAAGGAAAAAUGUUGAAGGGCCUCAAAGGCUUGAAAGGUAAGUGGAAAGGAUGGACAGGGAUGCCAUGGAACGGGCCUGGCCAAAAAGGGAAAGGAACCAGCCCAUGUGAACCCUUCACCCCACCGACCGUUCCCUCAUCAGUUGGUAGCGAAACGCCCACACCGAGCCCAAGCAAGAUGUCAGAGGCAGCCACACCGCCCACCGCACCUGAGGCACCAAGCCAUGCGAAGCAAACUGACCAUACAGCACCUAGCCAUGAACCAACUGCACCGGAGGCUGAGAAGCAAACCACGCCUGCAGCACCCGAGCCCGACAACAAAACCGAACCAACUCGUGAGGCUGACAAGCAAACCCAACCUGCAGCACGCGAGCCGGAGAACAAAGCCGAACCACCGCCAGCACAACCUGCACUUGAGGCUGAGAAGCAAACUGAGAAGCAAGCCAAACCUACAGCGUCAGAGCCAAAGAAGAAAACCGAACCACUUCCAGCACCAAGCCCUGAGACAGCGACCGGACUCUCAGCCACAGCCGGGAAUCCACCGAAAACCCCGCCUGGGGAUCCCUUCUCGGUUUUGAAAGGCAAAGGUAAGGGGAAGCUCAAGGGUGGAGAAGGAGGAUCUACCGAGGAGCGAUGUGCGUGCUGUGCGCGUGUUUUGCGCAAUCUGUGCAUCGAUGAUCUUUCCCACAAGCCAACACCACCGGCAAGAGCUUUCACUUCUUUGUCCAUGGUUUCUGACGGGGGCGGCCCGGAGAAUAUGUCACCGCUGGGUCAAGUUGGUGACGAUGGACGAGUGAAACGGGCCAUGACCGACCCGAAAGAGUUGGAUGCACUUUGCCCUGGCGAAUCCAAACGCCAGCGUGAAGCUUUGCGUAGAAAAUUGGACAGGGGAGGCCUCCAGCCAGGACUUCUGGAGAAGUUCACCAGUGCCAAGACCAACGCUGAGAAGUUCGAUCUGCUCAAAAUGUUCAUCAUGGACCCAUCUCUGGAGUCCAUCAUGGUAGAGACGCACUUUGUGGAGCAGGCGAAGGAAAAGUCAAAGGGUGAGUGGAUUGAAAAAUCCCUGUGCGACCUGGAGAAGCAAUACAGUAGUCCUGAAGACCGUGAAUGGUUGCUGAACACAAUCGUGAAGAAACAGCCUGGAGUUCCUCACCCGCAGGAUCCUGAGAAUCCCCGACGUCGCCUCUACAAAGUGUUUGAACACUUCAAGCACUCCAGUGAGAGAACCAAAGUUUGCGGAACAAGCAUCACUGCUUCCGCUUCAGUCCCGAAGAACAAAGCGAUGCGGGCGGCUUUGGCUGACCACCUCACAGGAGCACAAGCUGAGUUUGAAACGGCUAGCAAUGCUUUUGUUCCCGAAGGGAGCUGUCCCAAGCCCAAGCCAAAGACAAAACCGACCAAGAAGCAGGUGCUGACCCAAGAGCAGCAAACCAAGAAGGAUUUCGAGAAGGAUCUUGCGCAGCUAAAGACUCUGGCCAACAAGGCCCGUGCAACAGCCCAGUCUUUGACAACUGCCGGUAUCAGCAACCAGGAGGCGGGGCAACAGCUUUUGGUGGUUUCAAUGGUUCAAAAGGUUUCAUACCCAUAUGCACACUGUAAAAACGCGCGUGGAAUCUAUCGUAAGAUUGCAUUCGCCAAGAUGUUCACAUCGAACUAUUAUAUUUAUUUUAUUGUGUAUAUAUAUAUGUUUAGAAUAUAUCAAUAUGUAUAUAUAUAUACACACGUUUAUAUGUACAUGGGUAACUUCAACUUAAACAGUUCUCCUAUACUAUGA